GUAUUCGCAAUUCUCGCUGUUCUGUUGUUCCUUACGUUUUUCAUCUUUGCCGCGUUUGUCACUCGGCAUCGUUUAAAGCUACUCAAACACGAGCGAGAAAUAGUAGCCUUGCAAGAGAGGAACACUGUCGCGCGGCCGGUCUCGAAGACGAUUUCCCCUAAAUACGAUAGCGCCAUCUACCUAAAUGAGGUCCACAUGAGAAGUCGUACCCUGAAUCAGACCUCAGCCUUAUCUUUCAUGGAUUCUGCCAGAAAAAGAAUGACCAUUCAAAUCCACAAAGAGCAAUUGAAUGUGUACGGCAAAUGUUCAAAGAUAGGGUUGCUGAUGAUGACCGCUCAGAGCUACUACAAGUCACAUACAAACACGACCGAAGACGUUCCUGUAGAAGCUUUAAAUGCAGUUGAUGCUGCGACAAACCGGAAAACUGUCAUCAGUAAGCUGUUAACUAAUGAUUGGCAAGAAGGCUUGCCUACGUCAUUGAUCUUUAAUGAAAACGCCAGCACAUCGAGCCAAAUAGUUAAACAGAAUAAGGGCAUAUUUAUUCAUAAAACGAUCGGUCCAAAAGGAGGCCGUAUGAACAUUUCUGGCGUUACACUGGGUAUACCUCCAGAUGCACUUGUGGAUGAUACCUUGGUUUCUCUGGGUUUACUUUGGAACGAGGAUUUCGCUCCACCUCUAACUAAAAAACAAACCAUCCUGAGUCCACUGAUAUUUUGUCAGCCUUCUGGUUUGAAGUUCAAGAAGCCAGUUAAGCUGACGUUUCCACACUCGGCCUACAGCAUUACGUCCGAUUGGGUCCCUACAGUAAUGAAGAGGGAAGGAAGUCUCGAGAACCAUAGUCAAUGGGAAACACUGACACUAGCGGACUACUCACAGAGGGAUGUCGGGAAGCAUCGCAUCACUUUGCAUUUAAAUCACUUCACUUUAUAUACACUUGUUGGGGAGUCAAAGCCAGCAAAAACGGCUGCAAAAUUGGUCCAUAUUGUGGCGUUUACCAACCAAUUGAAGCGAGGUUCUCUGUUCAAGCCGAGGAUAUAUUGUCUGAACUCAUACAAAGAUGAAGUUGAGGAAGUUCAGAAACUUCAGAACCAGUUUGAAGGCGUUUCUAAGCUCUCUGACACCAGCGGUUUAAUAGUCCACGACACCGAACACGACAUCUUGGUAGAGCUCGUCAAACUAGGCGAUGGAUGGCAGCUGAACGGAGAAAGAACGGAGGUAUUGCCAUUUGAAAAUGUGUGGCAUGGUUUUCAACCUCACUGCACUUUCGUUAUGCGUCAGGAGAAGACAACUGCGUAUGAAAUAAUAUGCGAGUUCCACGUUUAUCAAGCAGGCGACGACAACAGAUUCGCCAAGCUGAAGAUCGCCGAAGCCAUGCCCAUGCCAAGUUCACCUCUGACCCCGACUGAAGAAGAUCCUGUAGAAGAUCUCAUUAGAGAGUUAAUCAUUCUCCUCGAUCCGCUAAACACGUCUGGUUCAGAUGCCGGUGAUUGGCGCCACUUGGCGGAGAAAUUGAACGUUAACGUGUCAAGAAUACGGUGGCUUGAGGUUCAAAGUAGUCCCACGCGCUUGUUGUUAGAAACGUGGCUGGAGAGCAAGACACCAUUGUCUGAACUGAGGGAUAUAUUGUUAACAAUUAACAGACCCGAUGCCGCGGGGGAAGUUGAUAAGAGAGUGGCGAUAUUAGAGGGAGAAGUUGGUAGGACAGUAGCGAUAUUAGAAAGACAUGCCGAAUCAUGACCAUCGAACUUUAGGACAGUGAGUUGGGAACGGACCAAAUACGUGUUUGUACAAGAUGUAGUAUGUUAAGUUUAGUUUAAACAUACUAGUAGUAUGUUUGAAUUAGACAUUUGUGAUUUAAAGAAGAACUCCGUAUUUUCGUGUACUAAAGAACGGAUAUCUGGACCGGAGCAUAGUAAAAUUUAGUUAUCAUUUCUAUUUAAUUUACAUUAAGUGUAAUGCAGUUACUUUUUCCAUUUGCGUGACUAUAAAACACUCCGUCUUAUUAAAUACAAACCCACCAAAACUCAACAUUUGACAUUGUUUAGUGGCAAAUAUAAAACGGUAAAUUGAAAAUUAUUUAAUGACGAUACAUAAUUAUCGGAUGUAACUUGUAUAAUAAAAUAAACGUGUUGGUUUUCAUAAUCAACCUAAGACAAACAUUUGUUGCAUGGGCUGAAACAAGGCGCUUGAAUGGAUUGUUGCUUAUUUAAAUAAAGAUUUAAAGGGGAAACACAAUUACAAUUAUAUUUAACAAUUUAUAGAGAAUAUU